CUCCUCCCGUGCGCCCGCCAGUAGCGCCUCUCAGGCCGCGUCGGGGAGCGAGCACUCACACCCCGCUGUGGCGUUUAGCGGAUGGGGCUCUCAGCUUGAGCCGGAGGGAGGAGGAGGAGGAGGAGGAGGAGACGGAGGAGGAAAGAUGACCGGUAACCCGUGCGCCCGCAGGCUGGCCCGGCGCUCCAAGUCCGCGCUGCUGAUCGCCGCCCUGGCCGUCCUGCUGGUGCAGACCCUCAUCGUGUGGAACUUCAGCAGCCUGGACUCCGCCGGCGGGGACGGAGGCGCCAGGAGCCGCGAGAAGCGAGAGGAGGAGCGCGCGGGGGGGCUCAACAAAGCGGACGGGCGGCCGCGCAGGGGGCUGCAGAAGAAGGGCGACCCGCCGCCGCCGCUCGGGGAGGCGGCGGCGCGGCACCGGCUGCAGGCGGACGUGUACCACUCCCACCGGCCCAAAGAGAAACUCCGUCCGGACAGCAACAACAACGAGAACUCCGUCCCCAAAGACUUCGACACCAUCGACAGCAACAGCAACCUGGCGCCUCGGCCCCCACGCCAGCGGGUGCCCCCCCCCAACGCCAAGCGCAAGCUGGACAAGGCUCAGAGCAUGCUGGGAAAACCCGCCAACGAGGUCCUCAAGUUCCAGCCACGAGGGGCGGCCCACCUCCACAACCACACCCGCACCCACGUCCGCAAGCCCCACCCGCCGGCGCCAACGCUUCCGGCGCCGGUCCGGGGGUCCGAUCGCGACCCGGCGCUCAGGCGGGCCAACGAGUCGUCCUCGCCGCCCGGUUUGGAGCCGAGGAGAGCGCCGCCGCGGUGCGAGGUCAGCGGGAAGGAGGCCAUCUCCGCGCUGUCACGGGCCGAGAGCCGGGAGUGCCGGCAGCAGAUCGUGGAGGUCUACUGCCGCCACAAAGACGGGGCGCUGAUGCCCCGCAAGGUGCCGCGCUACUGCCCCAUCGAAGGGAAGGCGAGCGUCAACGUGCAGUGGGACGAAGACCCGCCCGACGCCGCCCGGCUCCCCCCGGCCCGGAUCGCCUUCGUCCUGGUGGUCCACGGCCGAGGCUCGCGCCAGUUCCAGCGUCUCUUCAAAGCCAUCUACCACACCUCGCACUACUACUACAUCCACGUGGACCUGAGGUCCAACUACCUCUACAGUGAGGUCCUCUCUCUGGCCGGCCGCUACCCCAACGUCCGGGUGACCCCCUGGAGGAUGUCCACCAUCUGGGGCGGGGCCAGCCUGCUCACCAUGUACCUACGCAGCAUGGAGGACCUUCUCCAGAUGUCUGACUGGUCCUGGGACUUCUUCAUCAACCUCAGCGCUGCAGACUACCCCAUCAGGACCAAUGAACAGCUGGUGGGUUUCCUCUCAAAGUACCGCAACAAGAACUUCAUCAAAUCCCACGGCAGAGACAACGCACGCUUCAUCCGUAAACAGGGUCUGGACCGCCUCUUCUACGAGUGCGACACCCACAUGUGGCGCCUCGGGGACCGAAAGAUCCCAGAAGGCAUUGCGGUGGACGGCGGCUCCGAUUGGUUCCUGCUCAACCGGGCCUUCGUGGACUACGUGGUCAACUCCCAGGACGAGCUGGUCGUCAGCAUGAAGCGCUUCUACACCUACACACUGCUGCCCGCCGAGUCCUUCUUCCACACGGUGCUGGAGAACAGCGCCCACUGCCAGACCAUGGUGGACAACAACCUGCGGCUCACCAACUGGAACCGCAAGCUGGGCUGCAAGUGCCAGUACAAGCACAUCGUGGACUGGUGCGGCUGCUCGCCCAACGACUUCAAGCCCUCCGACCUGCCGCGCUUCCAGCAGGCCUCCAGACCCACCUUCUUCGCCCGGAAGUUCGAGGCCAGCGUGAGCCAGGAGGUCAUCAACCAGCUGGACGCCUUCCUGUUCGGGGCCCCCGCCGCGGGCACGCCGGGCCUCCACGCCUACUGGGAGAACGUCUACGAGCAGGAGACGGACGGCCUGGCCGGCCUGGCGGACGCCGUGCUCAGCCACUACCACGCCUUCGCCCGGAUGGGACUGUCCCGCGCCGCCGGCUCGCUGCAGGGUCACCCCAACGACAACAGCUGCAGGUUCGAGGCCCUGAACCACCCGCUGUCCGUCCACCUCUACUUCCUGUCGGACGCGUUCCAGGGCUACCUCGUGCGUCACGUGGCCACCAACCGGGCCUCCACCCAGCCGGAGAGCCUGGAGACCUGGGUGACCUCCAAAGACCACUUCAGCCAGGCCAGCCCCCCCCACCCCGCAAACAGGCUGCAGCAUGUGCAGGUGGGGGCAGACUGGGAUCCCAAGGAGCGCCUCUUCAGGAACUGGGGGGGUCUGCUGGGCCCCGCGGACGCGCCGGUGGCCGUGCAGCGCUGGAGCCGCAGCCAGAGCAACCUGACGGCCACCGUGGUGUGGAUCGACCCCACCAACGUCAUCGCCGCCACCUACGACAUCCUGGUGGACGCCUCCGCCGAGGUCACCCACUACCGCCCCCCCCUGACCCCCCCCCUGAGGCCAGGGCUGUGGACGCUGAGGGUGCUGCACCACUGGAACCCGCUGGGUCAGACCACCUUCGUGGUGGCGCCGCUGGAGUUCCACCGACAGCAGCCCAUAGGGCGAGAGGAGGCUCUGCGGCUGCACGCCGGCCCGGCCAGGAACUCCUACAUGGAGCAGAGCUUCCACGGCCUGAACCCGGUCCUGCGGCUGCCGGUGAGCUUGGGCGCCGUGGAGGAGGCCGAGGCCAACGCCGGCCUGACGGGGGCUCCGCUGCGCCGCUGGCUGGACGGGCUGCUGGGGGGCCACUGGUCCGCCGCCGACGUCUGCUCCAUGGGACCUAGCGCCUGCCCCGUCAUGCAGCGCUGCCCCCACACCGCAUGGAGCUCUGCCAGCCCCGACGCCAAGUCGGACCUGAGCCCCCCCGGAGAGGACGGGCGGAUCAGGUAGCAGGCGGAUGGACCGGAGGGGGGGGGGGGCAAGAGGAACAAAUGAAGGAAGGCACGACGUCCUGCUUGUGUCUCGUAUUUAUUUAUUUAAAGUUUGAGGUGAAACAAGGUGGACGAAUCAAAGGGACAACAGAGUCGUGUGUGUGUGUGUGUGUGUGUGUGAUAGUGAGUGUGUGUGUGUGUCACAAGAACUCGACACCUCUUGUUGUGUGAGUUGUGCUCGUGAAGGAAGGACGUCGUCGCUCAUUUUUAGGCCCAAAGCUGUUUUUUUUUUAUAGAUCAUCAGAUUUUAAGUUUAAAGUUUCAUUAAAGGGUUGAAAUCGAUAAAAGCACUUUAACAACAAACACAAACACUGAAAAGUAUUAAAACUUUUGUUUCCCAGGAAGUGUUUUCUGCGAACAUUUUCUCAUGUACUCUUUAUUUUUUUAUAUUUUUCCAUGCAGUGAAAUGCAGGAACACAAAUGAGAAUAAUUUUAUUACAAGUUCUGCAUUCAAAAAAUAAAGAAGCAAAGAACUUGUUCUGUAUAAUUUAUUCAGAGAUUUAUAUGAAAACAUUGCGAUUAGUUGUUAGUUUGUUUGUAAAGGCUGCUGAAUGCUUUGAGGUCUCUAAGGUUGAUUUUAAUUAACCGUUAACUAUAAAGUUCUGACACACGUUAAGUUCACGUCUGACGCAGAGACCCAAAGCUUUAGUUUUUUCCUAAUUAUCUAAAUUACAUCCAGAUUCCACUCCAACGAGGACACGUCCUCCACGUGUCCCGUGGGUGGAGCGGAUCUAUGGAGGUUGUCCUUUGACGUAAUUAAAGAAACGUCUUCAUCGUCGUUCUCCUGCUCUGAACGGACUGGACAGCGGAGUGAGGUUCGUACUUGUGAGUCUUUGCUCAAUCAGUGUGCGUUCGUCACAGAUUGUGAACACGUAUUAUUUUUGUAAAGGUUUGUAAAAGAACUUGUUUCGUCUCUGAGAAGACGAAUAGAGGACAGCUCUCUGGACGCUGAGACGCAAGGACUUCAACGUGUCUUUUUGAUGAUGAGACACUGUCGAUAAAGGCUUCACUCUGGAGGAUUAUUUGUCCUUUGCAUAUUUCUGCCUCACUUCCAUAUCCACUAGUGACCUAUUUCAUUUUAUUCAUCAUUCUCUCUGUGGGAGUCGUGAGGUGCCUUAGAUGUUCUCUUGUUUUAGGAAGUCCUCUCUGAAACCGUCUCAAAAGUCCAAAAUACAAAAGAAUUGUCGUAAAUGCCUUACAAAAGAACACAGUGGUUUGAAGUACAGUUUUUGAAAAUAAAACAAU